AUGUCUGGUCAGUGCUUUAUUAUGAACGUGAGCAGAAUGAUCAAUCAGACUCCUAGAGAAGUUAAACCUGCUCCGAAGGAGAAAGUCAUGUCGUAUGAAGAAAAAUCUGUUGGCUCGACUUCCUUCUUUAAAUGUGAAGCGUGUCCCUACAUGGCACUUGCAGAGGAUGACAUAAAAUUUCAUCUAUUCACAGUCCACCCAGACCUGGCUAAAAAUAAUGGUCUUGCAGACAAUAUACAAAUACCAUGUCCUGGUUGUACAAGCGUCUUCGAUGCCGAGGAAACUCUUAGAACUCAUCUACGCAACCACCACAAAAUGGGCAUUAAAGAUGUUAAAAAAAUGAUCAAAAGUCUAGUUCAAAUAGCUUUAAAAAAUGCUAAAUUAAAAAAAGAACAUUUUAAACCUGAAACACCACCGUUAACUCCUCAGAGGCAGGAUACACCUGAUAUUAAAAUCCCGCAAGUCAUAGAAAUAGUCCCUGAUGCUGUAAAUGCCAACAGUGAUUUACCGAAAGGAGUUGCAUUUAUAUCCGUAGAUGAACUACACAAAAUGAGUACACCAAACUUCGAAAAACUUGAUCCAAAAGAAAUAAUACAAGAAGCUAGUAUCAAUAUAGUGUACACAAAUGAAAUGUCAGCUAAAUUUGUCCGUACUCUAUCAGAUCCCAACACUUCAAAGCCACCUUGUAAUAUGAUCCAAAUGUCUAGUGUCCCACCAGAUCUAAUAUCAUCCAUACAGCCACGUAUCACAUCAUUAGAGGCUAAGCUUUCUCCGUCACAAACUAGAGACAGUAAACAAACACACAUUCCGUUCGUGUGUAAGCCUGAGCAACUAAAAGAUGAAGAUGAUGAAACAUCAAAACCUACAGAACGGAAAAGGGGUACAAUGUGCUUAGUAGAUAAUUGUAGAAUACUUGUAAAAGAGGAAAAGAAUCUAGUAUAUCACAGGAAGUGUCACCAAAAUGGUAAACUAAUAUGUCCAGAGUGUUCAGAAGCAUACUCUUCAGUAGAAAUGUUACACAUGCAUUUGUGGAAAAUUCACAUGAUAGACGUAGAGUUACCGACUUGUCACAUAUGUAACUUUAAAACUUAUAGAAAUUCACGACUACGAAAUAGUCACAUGAAAUGCCAUAGAAAAACUAAACCUCAUAUAUGUCCUGUAUGCUCAAAGGCAUUUAAGACACCUAAUCAGUUAUCAAAACACAAACAGUUUCAUAAGAACGGCAACAACCCAGUACAGUGUCCUACUUGCCUGCUCGAGUUACGGAAUGAACAACGGUUAAAGAUCCACAUUGCCGAAGUGCAUGACAAAGUCAAGCAGUACAAAUGCUCUCAAUGUGAUUACAGUAGUGCUAGGAAGGAACAGCUCAAGAUGCACUUAAGAUCACAUACAGGCGAUAAGCCGUAUGCCUGCAAUACUUGCGAAUUCCGGUCAGGCGAUCACAAUUCGCUACGGCGACACAAAAAACAACAUUCCAAAGAAAAUGUGUAUAAGUGUAAACACUGCCCAUACACGGCCAUACAGUCUACCUUGUUUGCAUCCCACAUGAUCUCGAAACAUCCCAAUGUUAAUACAGAUAUCCAUUGUUGUCCAUACUGCUCUUUCAAGACUGUCAAUAAAGAUAAGUACAUCCAACAUCUCUCCACUCACACUGAUAAAGAAGGGAUACAACUCCUUGUGGAAAUGACGAAAAAUAAAUCAAAUAAACCCAGCUGGACAAUACCUAGUCAAGUGGCAAAGACUAAUGAAAAUGUUAAUGUCAAUGAUGAUAAAAGUAAGGACACAGCCCUUAAGCCUGUCAAUGAAAUACCUAUUGAAGUUUAUGACUGUGAUAGCCUUUCUGAAAGCAUGCCGCAGAACUACUCGCAAGCUUACUGCACGACACCAAGUAAUCAAAACCCACCAUCAGAAUACAAUAGCCUUGUAAUGGUAACAGAUCUUAGCAAAGAUGACAAUAAUUCUGAUUGCCUCAUUUCCGAAAGUUCAAACGACACCAUGAUGGACAGGCAUCAAUAUCCGGCACAACACUCUUUACUCACGUAUGACACAAACCAGUCAACUUUACAUGAGUUCCUUCACACUCCCACAUCUAUUGAACAGAGCUUAUUACAGAACAGUAAUGUGAAUUCUUUGUCUUCAAAUCACUGUGUUAUACCAAGUAGUAUAAGCAACAAUAUCAUGAACAAUUUCCCAAUCAGACUUCCUUCAGUCCCUCAAGUAUCUCUAUGUAACAAUAUCACAUUGAAACCUGUCGAUAAAAUAUCCUUAGCCACCACUAAAGUUACCGGCCCAAUCAUAAAACCAACCCAAAUAUUGCCAGUGCCAUCUUUGAGCAAUUCUCCAGUCAACAUAUCUACAGAGCUCGAAGGUGCUCCUAGAAAGAAACCUAAGAUAUCUGUAAAAAGUAAUUUAAUACUCAAGGGACCAGAUCAAGUCAAUAUGUUUCAUUCUCAGCAAAAAAUGGCGUUUAGGAGGCUUGAGAAUAAUGAAAGAUUUGGUCUCGGAAGUCCAGUGACGUUCAACAAUUUGAUCACAACACAAUUUAUGCAAUUACAACCAGAGCCAACACUGAGCGAUUCGCCUAAUAACAUAAUGCCAUAUCCUCAAGAGCCAAUGUUGGCAGACGCGGCAACAACACCCGUCGAUAGCGAAUUGAAUGAUAACCCACAAAUUUUCUCAUUUAACCAGCAGAUGAACGUAAAUUCAUUGACAUUGCUUCCCGCACCGCAGAAGAUACCAAGUAACGAUCCAAGCUACAUCAAACUUGAAGCUACAAUUAAACAAAACACCCAAUCUCCAAGCUUAGAGAGAAUGUGCAAUGCAAAUUUACUGACUAACCCAGCAAUAAAUCGUGAAUACAAAGCAUCGCCACCUUUAGAAGAUAUUCACAAAAAUAUGAACGAAAUCAAGAAUGAGGUGAAAUCAGAUCAAUUCUACAACAUUCCUUUGAACACUGCGACAGCGAGCCAACCAAUGAUAGACCAGUAUUUAAUGGACAAUAUAAUAGGAGAAAAGUAUUCUGGUCUAAUGGACCUAUCUGGAGUAGUUCUGCAAGAGAUAUCGGAACAACAGAACGACGUCAUCGAAAUAGAUGAUAAUUCAGAUGACAAUAAGUUAUUGCCUAGACUAGAUAUGUUCUUUCCUCUGGAGUCUUUGUAUCCAAUGCACAAUGAUUUUCAUUUCUUAGAAAAUGAGAUGCAACAGAACGGCAUGAGUAGUGAAACCGAAGUAGUUAACAGAAUGGUUGAAGUGCCGAUUAUAAACCAAAAGGAAGUGAUGGAACCUUCUAGUGAGAAUGAGAAUGAGUUACCCAUAUGUGUGCAAGGCUUGAUGGACCCUGUAAUGAAUACUACUGCUAGACCUUCAACCAACAAAAUAAAUGUUAAAAAUAUAGAGCUUAUGAAGAAUUAA